AUGGCUCCAACACUAUCAGCUGCGCAAGCACUGGUGCUCUACUCCGUCGCAGCAGCGGCGGCGCUACUUCUUUCCCCGCCGGCGGUGGUUGCACAGCUCACCCCGAACUUCUACGAAAAAAUCUGCCCGCUGGCCUUGCCCACCAUCAGAAGGGUUGUGAGCCAGGCAGUCAACGCCGAGCCGCGCAUGGGCGCGUCACUUCUUCGCUUGCACUUUCACGACUGCUUCGUCAAUGGUUGCGACGGGUCAGUUCUUCUGGACGACACGACGAAGUUCACCGGGGAGAAAACGGCGGUUCCCAACUUGAACUCGUUGAGAGGGUUUGACGUUGUCGAUAAGAUCAAGUCGGAAGUUGAUAGAGUGUGUAAGAGGAGCGUGGUCUCCUGCGCUGACGUCUUGGCUGUUGCUGCUCGUGAUUCCGUCUCCAUUGUAAGCAUCCUUCAUUUUCUGUACAACCAUGCUAAUAAUAUUCCACGUGUGCAUGUUAAUAAGCUGGGAGGUUCGACAUUCACGUACCAAGUCCCCGUGGGCAGAAGAGACUCCCGAACCGCCAGCAAGAACGCCGCGACCAACGGCCUCCCGCCGCCGUUCUUCAGCUUCAACCAGCUCCUCGCCAACUUCCGCUCCCACGGCCUCGGCCUCACCGACCUCGUGGCGCUCUCCGGGGCCCACACCAUCGGCCUCGCACGCUGCACCACCUUCCGCAGCCGCAUCUACAACGACACCAACAUCCAGACCGACCUCGCCUCCUCGUUACGGCGCAAUUGCCCGCAGAGCGGCGGCGACAACAACCUGCAGCCGUUGGACGGAACUCCGGCGGGAUUCGACACGCAGUACUUUGGGUCGCUGGUGAGGAACAAGGGGCUGCUGCACUCCGAUCAGGAGCUGUUUGGUAGAGGUAAUAGUGCGAGUGACGGGCUUGUGAGGUUGUAUAGCGGGAAUCCGGCGAAGUUCGCGGCGGAUUUCGCGGCGUCGAUGGUGAGGAUGGGGAAUAUGAGGCCGCUUACGGGGAGUAAUGGCGAGAUCAGAACCAACUGCCGCAAGAUUAAUUAA